GGUCAAAGGUCAUACGAACCCGGAACAACAACAAAGCACACAAAGGUUCCGGAUGUUAGAGUCGAUGAAACGUUCCUGUCGAGGUUUAUUAAAUUAAAUAAGGACAACAACAACAACAACAACAACAACAACAACAAUAUAUUUAACAUCUUUUACCCGCCGACAUGUUCUCCGGGUUCCCGCCCAGGAACAGUCUCCUGGUGGCGGCUCUCAGCCUGGUUCUGACCCGGCUCUCCUGCGGCUCUCAGCCGGUCCCCGACGUCCCGCCGAUCGCCGCUUACUUCGGAACCAAGACCCGCUAUGAGGAGGUGAACCCGCACCUGCUGCGGGACGUCCUGUCCGUGAACAGGUCCGUGUUAAAACCUCCACCCAACGAGCGCUGCACCCCGGUCCACAUCACUGCCGUCAUCCGGCACGGCAGCCGGUUCCCCACCGUCCAGAACAUCCGCAGGAUCCAGAGACUGAGCCAGCUGGUCCGGACCGGCAGAGACACCGAGACCACCGACACCACCGACACCACCGAGAGCUGGCUGACGGACAUCCGGAGCCGCUGGGAGAACUGGUACACAGAGGACAUGGACGGUCAGCUGGUGAUGAAGGGCAGGGAGGACCUGAGGAAUCUGGCGCGGCGUCUGUCGGCGCUGUUCCCGGCGCUGCUGUCGGAGGAGAACACGAGGAGGAUCCGUCUGAGGAGCAGCUCGAAGCACCGCUGUGUGAGCAGCGUGGAGGCGUUCCAGGAGGGUCUGCAGUGGGGGCGCUCAGAGGUGCAGUACAGCCACCAGGUGGACGACGAGCUGAUGCGUUUCUUCGAGCGUUGCCGUGGUUACGUGGAGGGCGUGGAGAAGAACCGCACGGCGCUGCUGGAGGUGGAGAGGUUCAAACACGGGGAGGAGAUGGAGGCAGUGAGGAAGAGGAUCGCUGACAGACUGGGUCUUCAUCAUCAGAGCCUCACACCAGAUCUGGUGGAAGCAGCGUUCUUCUUGUGUUCUUACGAACUGUCCAUCAAAUCUCUGCACUCGCCGUGGUGUUUCCUGUUCGACGAGGACGCCGCUAAGGUACUGCAGUAUCAGUCGGACCUGAAGCAGUACUGGAAACGCUCUCAUGGUCACAUGAUCAGCGGUCUGUCCAGCUGUCCUCUCUUCCAUCACGUCUUCAGGACGUUGGACAAAGCAGGACGCCCCCGCAGGUCCACGGAGGCGCCCCCAGAGCCCGCCUCCAUCCUGGUGGGUCAUGCGGAGACGCUGCUCCCCCUGCUGUCCCUGCUGGGACUCUUCAAGGACCAGACUCCGCCCACUGCCAGCAACUACCACACACAGCACGGGAGGAGUUUCCGGAGCAGCUUCAUUGUCCCGUACGCCGCCAACCUGAUCUUUGUCCUGUACGACUGCCAGCGGGGGCCGCGGCUGCAGCCGCUCCUCAACGAGGCCCCGGUUCGAUUCCCGGGGCUGGACGAGGACGCGCCGCUCUACCGUGACGUCCGCGCCACGUACCGCCACCUGCUGGACGGCUGCGACUUCCACAAGGAGUGUGAGGGAAGACCUGGACGCGGACCGAACACAGAACUCUGAGAGGACCAGAAUCCUCGUCCUACCUCAGAGCCCCGCCCCCCGACGGCCUGCGUCCAAUCACAGCUUAGCAACAGUAAAUGUCUGCUGUGGGCUUCGAACUCACGGCGUUCUCUACACUGAGCAAACGGCAGUGAUCAAUAGGACUGAUUGAUCUAUCUGGACAAACGUUGGUCACACUGGUGGUUUCUGGGAAACUUCCUGUCAGCUGAUUGGUCCAACUGUGACGUUAUUGAUCCAGAAAUAUCGGCUCCAGUCCACAAGAACAGCGAGUGAGUAAUCAAUAAUCAGCAGUAACUGUGAUCAAUAAUAACAGGAUGAACAGAUCUGACCUGAUUACUGAUCAGUCUAUUAUUGAUCGUAUGACAUAAAUAUCUACUACAGGAAAUUAAAUAAUAAUAUCUGUUUACACUAUAAUUAACAAUCAUGAUAUCAUUCAAGGUCUAACAACAACAACAACAAACCUGGAAACAGGACGGUGGCGCUCUGGGGUUACACAGGGACAAUAACAGGGGCGGCUGUGUUUUAUUCUUAAGAAACAAACUGUACAAUAUGUUUAUUGAUCCAUUCAUACGUCUACAAUCAAAUUAUUGUUCCAUUCAUACAUCUAAAUUACGCUAUUGAUCCAUUCAUACGUCUACAAUCACGUUAUUGAUCCAUUCAUACAUCUAAAUUACGCUAUUGAUCCAUUCAUACGUCUACAAUCACGUUAUUGAUCCAUUCAGAUGUCUACAAUCACGUUAUUUAUCCAUUCAUACUUCUACAAUCACGUUAUUGAUCCAUUCAUACGUCUACAAUCACGUUAUUGAUCCAUUCAGAUGUCUACAAUCACGUUAUUUAUCCAUUCAUACUUCUACAAUCACGUUAUUUAUCCAUUCUGAGGAUUUCCAGUCAAACAUUAACGAUCUUUGGAGGAGUCUUGUUCAUUCGUUGGUUUCUGACUUUAUAAACAUCUGAACGUUUGUGCUCGGCGGCGCCUCCUUCUGGUGAAAGUUCCUACGGCAACUUUAACAUCCGGAGGGUCAAUGGUAUGAAUUAUUCCUAAGGAAGAGCAGGUGAUGGUGAGGGUGUAUUGAUCAGAUAAAACUGAAAACAAAAACCAAUACAGUUCAUGACUCAUUGAUUUAUUGAUUUGUUGCAGUGCCACCAUCAGGACGAGCAGCAAGAAGAAGGAGAAUAUUGAUUAAUUAGACAUUAAAGAAUAAAUAGGUGCCAAUAAAUUAUUGAAUGAAUCAUUAAAAUGUUUAAUUGUAUUACAUUUGUGUUUAACUGAUUUUGUUUUUUAAGUUGGUGAGAAACACUUUAUUAUUUCUUCCUCAGAUUGAAACUGACACUUUUCUUUGGUUUGACUUUGGUGACCUUUGACCCUUUAAUGGUGACCUUUGCCCUUUAAUCUGCUGUAAACCAGAGUCAGUUUUUAUUGGUUCAUUUUGACAGAUUAAAGAUGAUUUAUUUCUUUAUUUAUUCUGGUUUAUUAUCAGCUGUUUGAUUCAUUUUAUACACAUUUGUUUGUUGUUGUUUUUAUUGAUUUUGUUAUUGAUUUGGACUUUUUGAUUUGAGAGGUUUUGUUGUUUCAGGGUUCAUUAUUAUUUUAUUGUUGAUUUUAAAAAAGUGACUCAGCUUUCUUCACUUUAUGUUAUUUAUGUUGUUUUUGUUUGUUGUUCACAUUGUUUACGUUUUCAGUUGGUGCUUCUUUCUUUCACUUCCUUUUUUUGCAGAACGACGGAUGCCAAAUGUUUGUAAUUGAAGAGCUUUAAUAAACUUUUUCACAACUGU